AGAACAAGUCUUAUCCAGAAUCAACCAUUGCUUAUAAAUGCACAUAACCGCCAGAGGACCGGGCUGGCCUACCUAACUUAAAUUCUCCUGCCGGAGCGUGGACCACACGCGAUAUACCCACCGGAGGUCAGGAGCGUGAAGUCCACUACGUAGUAACAAAAAUGAAAGAAAGAAAAAAACAGAGGAGAUGAGCUGUGAGAGAGACCCCACCAACCAUGUGGCCUGUUUCAUGUCUCCACCAGCUCCUGCUUCUCAAUCAUUUGCUUCCCUUCCUCUUCCUCCUCCGAAUGUGUUUCAGUGAGUCAUACUAAACCACCACUCUCUCUUCCUUAUUCUUCCAAGAACCAUGUCUAAUAACACCAACGGAGUUAUGAUCUCAAACAGAGAUAUACUCGAACGUCAGAGACAACAACAGCAACAGCAACCGUCAGAGGGAGCUCUCGUUGUGAAGAAACCUCUAGCGAAAGAUCGACACACCAAAGUUGACGGAAGAGGGAGGAGGAUACGUAUGCCAAUCAUAUGCGCAGCUCGUGUUUUCCAGCUAACAAGAGAGCUCGGCCACAAAUCCGACGGCCAGACCAUCGAAUGGCUCCUCCGUCAAGCUGAGCCUUCCAUCAUAGCCGCGACAGGAACCGGCACUACUCCGGCAAGCUUCUCCACCACCUCAACAUGCACUAUGUCGUCCUCGUCUCUAGAUCACAAACCUUUACUAGGUUCCUCACCGUUUAUACUCGGGAAACGCGUGAGAGCCGACGAGGAUUCCGGAGGUGCUAAACCUGCUGGGUUUUGGGCAGCUCCCGCGAGGUCAGAGUUCGGACAGGUUUGGAGCUUCGCCGCUGGAUCUCAACAAGUGAUGUUCUUGCAACAACAACAACAACAAGAAGCUGCACUUUUUGUUCACCAGCAGCGACAGCAACAAGGUGCAAUGGGUGAAGCUUCGGCAGCUAGAGUUGGUAGUCAUCUUAACUUGCUAGCUUCUUUGUCUGGUGGAGCUCCCGGGUCGGGUCGGAGAGAGGAAGACAGACGUUGAUGAUGAAGUUGAGCUCCUUUUUACUUUGGUACAUACAUAUAUCUGUUUCUCUCAUAUAUGUUUGUGUUUUAGUUUUUAGAUUGAUUUAUUGGUUCCAGGAGUGAUGUAAGAGUGUCUUUAGUGUUGAAGUUAAAACUAGGAUUAGGGUUUAAGAAUCUUGUCUUAAAGAUUUGUUUAAUGAAGUUUUUGUUUUUGUGGGAGAUCAAGAUUUACUACUGUUUAUUGUUGUUGCUAAUUGUGUAAUGUGUUACAACAAAUGUGGUUAGAAAAUUGCGUAAGCUGCCACGUUUGUUUUCAAUAAAAUGUUACAUUCUGUA